CAGAACUCCUCUGCGGGCUGUGAGGCGCACACGACACCGCUGACUGUCGAGAGGAAGUUGCACUUAAAACUGCGAAAGCUUCAUGGGCAUACACAGGAGGACCAUGGGUGAAUAAAUAUUGUAGGAAUUAACAUAGCCCAGUAUUUUUCUUGUCCUCUCCAACCCGCUGUGACGUAUAUGCGCAGCCCUUUCCUGUACGUCCCCUUCCGUUCACCCCCCCAAACUCCACGCCUUCCAUGUGCGCGUUCACGAACUAUGAAUGUAGUCGGGUGCGCGCCUCUGUCUGUACAGCAUUCAUACAACGGUGAAGGGAUGCUGAAUGCAGCCUUGAAUUCUCGCAGCGCUGGCCUUGGUCACCCUGACCACAAAGGACGCUUUGACAUGUCUCAAUAAAAGUAAGGAUCCAAUUACAUAGUCUGUGGAUAUGGGCAGGGGUGCCCCAGUCAAGUUGUGAUUGGCUGUUGUUAAAGUCAAUCAACUAUCAAUCAAGUUGGACCGUCAGUGGCCAAGGCAACUCACACAGCAACCAGUACCAUGCAACAAAGGCUCACCCCCUGUAUGUAGUGAGAGAGUCCUGUGAGUGUGUAGGUCUGAACAGGCAGCUUCACAGCAAGCAAACAUGACUCCAAAGAAAAAAACAAAAAAGACCUCAAAGAAGAAACCAGAAAAAAGUGAAAAUGACUUAGAAGUGAAGUAUAAGCGCAGUAUUCUGGAUAUAGCCAUCCUACAGGAUCACAUUGCUUCACAGUGUGAGUCUGUAAUAAAGGUCCAGUCCGAUAGAUCUGACCUGAGGAGAUGCAUGAGAGACAUGGAGCAGAAGCUGCAGCACGAGAGACAAGACCACAGGGAUGUCAACUCUGACCUCAGUCGCCAGUAUAAAACCAUGCAGCAAGAAGUGGCCAACAAGGUAAAGGGGCUGGAGAAGGAGGUCCGCCAGCUGACAGAAGAACUUGCUCUUUGUCAGGAGGAACUAAGAAAAGAGAAAAGAGAGCGCGAGCAGGUGGAACAGGAGAAGGGCGCCGCCAUAGCUGACCUCCAACACAAGCUGGACAAAAUGGAAACAGACUAUGAGAAGAUUCUGCACGAGACUCUAGACAGCCUAACUUCCCAGCUGUCUGUGACUCGACAGGGGCGGGCGGACAAGAACACAACCCUUCAUCAAAACUACAAGGAACUGCUCUCUGAGUUUGGCUUGAAUGCACUGGACAGCUAAAAAGAUAGGCCCCUUACAAAUGUGUCGCUCCUCUCGGCGAGACACAUUUGUUUAAUGUUGCAUCCACAACUUGAUUGUGUUUGAUCAGACCAUUGCAUCUCUGCAACUCAAAAUUUAGUAUGCCUAACACACCGAUGGAUGGAUGUAUAUAAUAUUUUGAGUUAUCUAUGCAAGUAUUCAGCAGUUCACCAUGUAGUGUCUGUAAUGUUGUGUAAUGCCCACUAGAUGUAGCAAAUGAGAUGGUGGCCUGAAUAUCCUUUUUUAAUAUUAUAGUAUGUAUUCUGUAUUUUAUAUGUGUAAAUACAUGGCAUACUUUGUUCUUUCUUUAAAACAAGACAUGCCUUAAAAGCCAAAUAAAAGUAUGUGAGGUCUACGCUAA